UCCAUCACGCCAACUCCCACUCCCCCGCGACGCGAUGCAGUUACUCUCUCCUCCGCCUCCGCCGCCGACGGCGGGCGCGCCGGGCCGCGGGAGGCGGCGGCAGCGCCGUCUCCGGAGGCUCCGGUCCAAGCGGCCGGAGAGGCGCGACUGGGCGGAUCUGCCCCUGGACGCGAUCCUCUGCGUGCUCCGCAGGCUGGGCGACGCGGAGCUCAUGUUCGGCGGCGCGGCGCGGGCGUGCCGCUCCUGGCACGACGCGGCGCGGGAGCCCGAGCUCGGGCGCCGCAUCGACACGCGCGGCCACUCGCGGCUCUUCCGGGAGACCGUCAGCCUCGACCGGAUGGCGCGGCUCGCCGUCUGGUUCGCCGCCGGGGAGCUCGAGGCCUUCCUCGCCGAGGGCCACGUCGACGACGACCUGCUCCUCUUCCUCGCCCAGUAUGCACCCUCGCUGAAGAGCCUUCAUCUCAUCGAGUGCUAUGGUGUACACACCGACGCAUUCGCGGAGGCAAUACUGAGGUUCCCUCUGCUGGAGGAGCUGGAGCUUUCGCAAUGCAACAAUAUACUUGCCACAUGGGUGGUUGACCUUGUUGCCACAUCUUGUCCACGGCUGAAGCACUUCAAACAUACCAAAGAAAGAAUAUCCCGCCGAUAUUUUGCUAGAACUCCAUACCCUGCCAACAACAGCGAAGCCUUUGUGAUCGCAAGGAUGUGCGAGCUACGCACCCUGCAGCUUUUCCGCGACGGCCUCGACAGCAAAGGGCUGGUAGCCAUCCUCGACAACUGCCCUCGCCUUGAGUUCCUUGACAUCCGCUCUUGCGACAAUGUUGUUAUGGACAGCGGCCUGCGAGCGAAAUGUGCCCGGAUCAAGACGAAGAAGCUCUACCCGUAUAACUGGACCAAUGAUUGGGAGCAUUUUCAGUCCGGUAGCCACGAUGAUGACUUCACUGAUGAUUCUGAGUAUUUUGAGCCUGGCAGCCCUAUCAGUUACUGUUCCACGUGUUUCAUGUCGUCAGACAUUGGUGAUGAACUGGACUGUGAAUUUAUGUACGCCCAGGACUGCGAGUCCGAUGAUUCUGAUCGUUCUUGCUACUUUAGUGGCAUUGACGAGACCGAUCUUGAAGAGCAUGAGAGGAUUCUUGGCAAGGGUGCACGUAGGUACCUGAGAAUAUAAUGAAACGGUGAUCUCGGCGUUCUGAUGGAGGAGUGCGUGGAUACUGCUGCAUGCCUUCCCUGUUGCCCAUCGUUUAUUUGCUUCGAUUUCAGGCGGCAGGUUUUCUGCUUGGGGAUUUAUCCACCUCUCUGCAUUGAGUUCGAAAGCUUAAUUAAGUUCCGUAUUCAUGCUCAAUAACUGAUCUUCAGACCGUAUAUAGUUUGCCGCAAUAAAAGAGGUCAGCAAUCUUUUACUUUAGUAGUUCGCUGGAAACAAGUUGAGGAGGCAAACAACAACACGAUGUUAUAAUUCAGACUUGUUUUUCGACUCUGUUACUGCUGCAAAUUUCAGUACAUAUAAUGAUUCUGGGGUUUCGGUUUCAUCGAUCAAAUCCAUAUGACACACCAUUGGUCACUAUAGUUCACAUGAGUGUCGCAUAACAUUUCCCCGCGCAAAAUUAUUCUCCCAUGAGCGUCGUCAGCAACGUCAUCACGGCUCCGUCGAGAUCCAAGGACGGCGUCAAAAUUUGACUGUGGGUACACAACUUGCGAAGUUCAUGACCAGAUCACAACAUUUUUUAAGUUCGGUGACCAAAGUGCACAUUCGUGCCAUGUUCAUGAUGAGAUAAAAUCCAACUGUACGAACUAAACUCAUAAUAACAUGAGGGGUGUGGAUUUCGUGGAACAUUGUCUCUUGAUUUAGCAGAGAAACAAAGAUAUUUGCAUGAA